CAUGAUGCAUAUAUAAUACAACUAUUUUUAUAUAAAAAUCUAUGCUACCUCUCUGAAAUUCAUUAGUUGAUAAUUUUACUUUGAAGUUAUCUGAUCAAAAAUAAACAAAAUGGUUUUCAAAUAUUUACUUGUUUUAUCAAUAAUGUCAGCAUGCGUGCUUUGUUAUCCACAUGAUGAACUACGCAUAAAACGUAGUCCACAAGAACUUGAUAUAUCAAGUAAUGUGUUUUUAAACAAUGGUGGCAUCGAUCAAAAUAGUAUACCAACAAGACCAACACGUCGUCCAAGACCAUCACGUCGUACGACAACACCAGCACCUCCUUCGUCCACAACACCGGCAGGAUCAUUAUCGUCCACAACACCAAAUGCUGUUCCAGGGGAUGCUACAGCACGAACAACUUGUGAACAAAACUGCGGUAGACCAGCUACAUUUGAUCCGGUUUGUGGAACAGAUGGUGAAAGCUAUGAUAAUGUGGCUCAAUUAAGAUGCGCCCAACGUUGUGGAAUCGCUGUUGAAGUAAAUUAUCUUGGAUUGUGUCCGUAAUUAAGGAAUACAAGAAUUCAUUAAU